GCAAAUGCGUAUGCAGUGACACUCUUAAGCUACACACACAUCCACAAGGCACAGGCUACCUCUUGCUUGCAAGUCUUGUGAUCGAUCGACGUCAUGGCAAAGGUGCAGGUGGCGGCGAGGUUCGUGACGGAGGUGGCACCGCCGCAGCUUGUGUCGGUCGUGCGGCGGACGAAGGUGCCGAGGAGCCUCGACACGAUCGUCGAGGACGACAGGGAGCAGCCGCAGCUGGCCUACGGCGACCAUCAUCGUCAGGCUACUGCCUCCGCGGCGUCGGCGAAGAGGGCGUUGCUGGCCGUCGCGCGCACUGGCGGUGCCGGGUUCAUGAGGGAGCUCAGCAGCUGCUUCUCCGGCAACGGCGUCCACGGCCAGGCGGUCGGUGGCGGCUGGGAGAGCACGCGCAGUAAAGGGCACGGCCGACGAGCCGUGCUUGCGCACCGGAUGCACGGAAAUUAAGCUAACGAGCAAGCAAGCAUGCUGCUGAACUUGGGCGUCCAUCCAUGUUUGUUGGCUCGAUCGAUCUCAUUCGUGUGCCCUUGUCCUGUUCGGAAGAUUAAUAGUAGUAGUAUGCUAGCAGGGUAUCAUGCGUAGCUAAGCUUUGAUGUCACUACGUGGAUUUCCGCCGAUAUUCGUUUGGUGAAAGGAGACCUGUACGUGAGUACGUCGACUACGAAGCACUUGUAAUGAAUUAAGAGAUUUCUCGAUAAAUGGUGAAUUUUA